GGCCGCGGCGAGGGACGCGUGGCGACAGCGGACGGCGCCGCCCGGUCCCGGACGGCCGCAGGCAGCGGCCGCGCGCGGGUUCCGAGCGCUCCGGGUCUCCGCCCCUGCCGCCGCGCCCCGGCCGCCGGGAGGCAUGAGUCCGCGGCCGCAGCCCUAGCGCCCGCUCCUCCGCCCGGGCGGCCCGGCUGCGGGGACGGGUGCGCGCUGUAGGGUUGGGGGCCAUGAAACCGAGUCCGGCCGGGACGGCGAGGGAGCUGGAGCCGCCGGCGCCGGUCCGGGGCGAGCAGCGCACGGCGGAGCCCGAGGGGCGCUGGCGGGAGAAGGGCGAGGCGGACACGGAGCGGCAGCGCACCCGCGAGCGGCAGGAGGCCACGCUGGCCGGGCUGGCGGAGCUGGAGUACCUGCGCCAGCGCCAGGAGCUGCUGGUCCGGGGCGCCCUGCGCAGCUCUGGGGGCGCGGGGCCAGCUGCAGCCCGCGCCGGGGAGCUGCCGGGGGAGGCGGCGCAGCGCAGCCGCCUGGAGGAGAAGUUCUUGGAGGAGAACAUCUUGCUGCUGCGGAAGCAAUUGAAUUGUUUGAGGAGAAGAGAUGCUGGUUUGUUGAACCAGUUGCAGGAACUCGACAAGCAGAUAAGUGACCUGAGACUGGAUGUGGAAAAGACAUCUGAGGAACACCUGGAGACAGACAGCCGCCCCAGCUCAGGGUUUUAUGAACUGAGUGAUGGGGCUUCAGGAUCCCUUUCCAAUUCCUCGAACUCCGUCUUUAGUGAGUGUUUAUCCACUUGUCAUUCCAGCACCUGUUUUUGCAGCCCCUUGGAGGCAACCUUGACUAUCUCAGAUGGUUGCCCCAAAUCUGCAGAUCUCAUAGGAUGGUUGGAAUAUAAAGAAGGCCACUGUGAAGACCAGGCCUCAGGGGCAGUUGGCCGUUCCCCCUCCACAUCACAGUCUAAUUCCCUUGGUGUCAUUGCAGAUGUGAAUCCCAAGUACCAGUGUGAUCUGGUGUCUAAAAACGGGAAUGAUGUGUAUCGCUACCCCAGUCCGCUUCAUGCUGUGGCCGUGCAGAGCCCAAUGUUCCUCCUUUGCCUGACCGGCAAUCCUCUGAGGGAAGACGAGAGGCUCGGUAGCCAUGCCAACGACAUUUGUGUCGGAUCUGAGCUGGAUGCCGUCAAGACGGACACUUCCUUACCCUCUCCAAGCAGUUUGUGGUCUGCUCCCCAUCCUUCAUUGAGUAAGAAAAUGGAUGGUUACAUUCUGAGCUUGGUCCAGAAAAAAACGCACCCUGUAAGGACCAACAAGCCGAGAACCAGUGUGAACGCUGACCCCACCAAGGGGCUUCUGAGGAAUGGGAGCGUUUGUGUCAGAGUGACUGCGGCCGUCUCACAGGGCAACGGUGGGAACCUUAAGAAUUCUAAACAGCUGCCUUUGCCCUCUGGCGGGGUCCCCUCUUUGGACAAUGGGACGUUGUCCCCACUGAAACAGUGGUCAAAAGAAUCAAAGCCAGAACCACUGGAAAGCAAGAGGUUGCCCGCGCCUGAGGGCAUCUCCCCAGGCACUGCCACUGAACUUCCAGGUAAGCAUCUGACCAAAAAUGCCAAGCCAGCCUCCCAGGAACUUGCUAGGUGUCCCCCUGCUGGGGUAGGGGAGUCUCCUAAGGAAAGCGGGCAGAUCGCAGCUGCCUCCCCAAAAGAGAGCCCUGGGAAGGUCCCCGCCUCGCUGCAAGAGAACAAGGUGGUCCAGCCACUGAAAAAGGUGCCACAGAAAAACAGCCCGCCAGCUCUCCCUACGGCGGCGCCCCCUCCCGCCGCUUCGGCUCUGCUGUCUCCCGCUUUCCCAGUGGAAGAGCGGCCUGCCCUGGAUUUCAGAAGCGAGGGCUCUUCUUCUCAGAGCCUGGAGGAAGGGCCUCUGGGGAAGGCGCCGCCGGUCCUGGCGCAGCCGCCCAGCGUCAGGCCGCCCCGGGGUACACGGCCCGUGGCCACCCCGAGGGUCUCUGCCCUGAAGCCCCGGGCCCCGGCCGUCCACGGGCCGGAGAGCACGCUGCCCGCCGUGAGGGAGAAAGGCCGGGCGGCCGGCAAGAAGUGUCGGUUCCCCGAUGAUGCGGAUACAAAUAAGAAACUCCGGAGAGCCCCGGCCAAGGGGCGGCGGGGCGGGGGCGGCCAGUCCGACGUGGGACCACCCAGCCGGCCGCUGGGGGCGGGCCACCGGGCGGGGAGCCGCGGGCACGGCCACGGCCACGGCCGGGAGGCGGUGGUGGCCAAGCCCAAGCACAAGCGCACCGACUCGCGGCGGUGGAGGUCGGCCGCCGAGGUGUCCUACGAGGAGGCGCUGCGGCGCGCGCGGCGGGGCCGCCGGGAGCCCACGGGGCUGUUCGCGGCCGGGCCGCUGCCCUAUGCCAGUCCCUACGCCUACGCGGCCAGCGACUCCGAGUACUCGGCCGAGUGCGAGUCCCUGUUCCACUCCACCGUGCUGGACACCAGCGAGGACGAGCGCAGCAACUACACCACGAACUGCUUUGGCGACAGCGAGUCCAGUGUGAGCGAGGGCGAGUUCGUGGGCGACAGCACCAGCACUAGCGACUCCGAGGAGAGCGGAGGCUUGAUUUGGUCCCAGUUUGUCCAGACCCUCCCUCUGCAGCCGGUCCCGGCCCCGGACCUUCGCCACAACCCCACCAAAACCUUCGUCAAAAUUAAGGCUUCACACAACCUCAAGAAGAAAAUCCUGCGCUUUCGGUCUGGCUCUUUGAAACUGAUGACGACCGUUUGAGUAACGUCCUUGGUGUAGAAAGUGGGGUUUUUCUAGUUCCCGAAGAAACGGCGGCGUCUUACUGUUUUGUGCGUAAUUAUCCCAUGGAAUGCUUUCCUUUGGUUUAGAUAAAACCGAGGUGAAUUAUGUCUCAUCUUCGUCAAGUAUGGACACUAGUGCCUAGUGCCUUUAGUGGAAGGUGAAGAAUGUCUUUGCUGGUUAGAAGUGAAUAUUGAGUUUCUAAUGGUGGUGAUAGUGACUUUUGUGGUAUCAGAUGGUUUUUAUUUGACAUUUUGUGAGCAUCUGUGAAGGCACAGGUUUUGAUGUUCAAGUGUUAAUGGGAUGAGACCUUUUGAUCUGGAGGUCAGGUGGAUGGAAUUUAGGACAUACAUUUGCUGCUUUGGUUCUUUAGGGCAGCGUCUCCAUGAGGGUUUUCCUGUUGGGGGUAUCACAUACAAUUGUGUGAGGUAGAUACAAGGGGCAGUCAUGGUUUUCUGUAGUUUUUUAUAUACUCUUCUUUUCUCGGAUGUAUCCCCAUUCUGUAUUCUCCUCAGAACUCUUUGGUUUACUGGACCCAGAACUUGAAGACCAGACCCUACAUCCAGAGAGGUGACCUGGAUAGGGAGGCUGGUAAUACCUUAAAAGGAUUCACUGAAACCUUUGCCACACUUGGUGCCUAGGCCCUGGUUACAGUAACCCCUUCUAGGGCCAUUUACCCAACAUUGAUGCCUUUCUCCUCCUCCCUAAUUUGCAGCAGAUCCAACCAUUCCUCCCUUGGAGACUUGCCUUUGGGAUAACAUUUUGGUCAUCGGGUACAGAGAAAUUCACUCCUAGUGAAAUAACCCUUGGGUACGACUCCAAGCUCAGAACUGCUCGCGGGGCACUGUGCCACCUAAGCAUUAGCCCAAACGUAUUAGUGCAAUCCAGUCCAGAUUGGACCCCUGACCCUGUUUGGAAGGGCUUUUAAAAAAAAAAAAUUUUUUUUUGGUAAACAGUAUUGUGUAAAAUUCGUUUUUUUAUACCAGUAUAUGCAUGUUUUGUGCAUGAGUAGUAUUUGUUUUGAUAUUCCUGUUGAUGUUAAAUGACUGUAUGAUAUAAACAGUAUGUGUUUUUAUAUAUCUUUGUGUAAAUUUAAUAUAACGCAUUAUAUGCUGUAAUAAACGAUUUGUUUUACUGCUGUUAAGUUUGUUAUUUGGGUAUAAAACCAGAUGUUUACACCUGUAAAUCUUGUGCUGAUUAUUGUGGGAUUUAUAUUAGGCCUAUUCUAGCAUUAGAAUAUUAUUUGCAAUAGUAAUUAAGGCAGAUUUUAGGAGUAUUGGAAUGGAUGGUGAAUAAACAAAUGAGGAAAAGCAAGCUACUUCUUUAGAAUGGUUAAGGUGCUUCUUUAAAUUUUAAGGUACAUUUGAUCUCUUCUAAGGAAAAUAUUUCUGAGAAGACUUCCCCUCUUUCCCUCGACUUCUGAGUAUGAAAAAUUUUCAACAUGGAAAAGUUGAAAGGAUAGUACAAUAAACACCUGUACAGCCACCACCUAGAUUCAACAAUUGUUAACAUCUUGCCAUGCUUGCUUUAACACUCUUUAUGUAUUGAUAUAUAUUAGAUAAAACCAUAUUGCUGGUUUUGUGGGUCAGACAGAUUUUGGCAAUCCUCCCUCUCCCCACCACGCUACUACAUUAUUUUAAAGUAAAUUUCAGGCAUCAUGAUAUUUCAUCUCUAAAAAUUUAAGUAUGUAUUUCCGAAGAACAAGGAGAUUCUCCUAUAUAAUCACAAUACCAUGAUCACACCUAAGGAAAAUUGACAAUAAUUCUUCUUAUCAUCAAAAAUUUAAUCUCUAUUCAAAUUUCCCAAUUUGUUUCAAGAAUUUUUUAGUAGCAGCUUCCCUGCUCCUCCCAACCAGGAUUCAGUCAAUGUUAUACGUUGCAUUUGGUUCUAGAUCCCUAGUCUUUUAAGUCUGGAAUAGCCUCUCCAUAUUGUUUUCAAAUGACAUUGGGUUUUUCAAGUCAGAGCAGUUGUCUUGUAGAAGGGCCCACAUUCUGAAUUUGGUUGUUUCUUUAUGUUGUCUUCUAACAUCUUCUAGUCCAUCUAUUUCCUGUAAACUGUGAAGGCUUGAUUGGAUUCAGGUUAAACAUUCUUGGCAAGAAGAUUUCACUAGUGAUCUUGUGUAUUUUAUUGCUUCACAUCAAGAAACAGAAUAUCAGGUUGCCCUACUAUUACUGAAUUUAAGAGUGAUCCCUUUAAGAGUCAAGUCGGUGAGCAGAAUUUUCUCCACUAUAAGGGUUUUGUUUUUCCUCUUUGCAGACGGUUAGUGUUUGUGGGUGACUCUUUGGUAGUGUGUGUGGAUAUCCUGUUCUUCAUAACCUUCCACUUAAUGGCUUUAGUUUACUUUGCUGAUCCUUGCCUGAAUCAGUUAUUGCCUUGGGGAUGCAAAAUGGUUUUCUAAGUAUCUUUUCUUCUUUUACUAGCUGACAUUCUAUAAAAAAAGAACUUUCCUUGUUUUUUUUCCCUUUCUCUUUUUAAAAUAUCAUGAUGGAUUCGUGGAUUUUUAUUCAUUUGAUUCUUUACAAUCACUUACGGUUAUUGUUCUUUUUGAUGCUCAACAUGUCCCAAAUUUGGCCAGUGGGAGGAUACAUUUCAUUAAAAGGAGACUCUGGAAUCAGCUCAGUCUCAUAAUUCAUAUAUUUAUUAUGAGAUGUACUGCAUUAAAAUGAUUUUUUCACAUGCUAAACUGCAAUGCAACAAAAAAUCCCUUAUCUAUCCAUUUUUUUAUUCUGUCUUGGAAAUGAUCUCUUUUCCUAUAUUUUAUAUCCCUCUUAAGAAGGCUUUUAACUUUGAAACUAUAGCAAAUUAUUUCUUCUAUAAAACUGUAUCUUAUCUUUAUCUUAUAAGACUUUUUUUUCAACAAGACAUCUCAGACAAUUUUUGAAAAUGUAGAGUUGCUAGUCUUUUCAUAUUCAUAUGUUUUUAUAUGCAAUCAUUCUUCUUUGACUAGAAUUUCUUUGGUUACCUGAUUAAAUCUAAGCCAAGCACAAACAAGGGGAUGAUCUCUCCAUGUUUUCUAAUGGUGUGAUCCAAUCUCUUUGAGGGCAAGUUAUAAAGUUUAUUGUGUAAGGCAACUGGGACCUGCAGUCCUUGAAUCAUGUCCAAGUUGUUCUCAAUAAGCAUUAUUCUCAGAAGGGGACGCUUCCUGAAAAACAGCUUCUGAAUAAUUACAUGUUAGGUGACAGAAUGCCAAAGGAAGAGAAGCAUGAAAAACAGGAUUUUUCAAAGAACUUUGGGUUUGUCCACCUCUGUCUAUUGCUUGACUUCCCUGUAGCUAGCAGUUGUACCGCACUUGGAAAAUUGGGUUUUGUCCAUUAUUUUCAAUGACAAAAUACCUGCUAUUGUUGUUUCAAACGAAAUGGCUCUUUAAAAUAUUUUCCUGUAUUUAAAUAAAUUACAAAUACUCAUUGUCAGAAAAGAAAAAGAUAUCAGAUAUAUACACAGGUGUUUACACUCUUCUCUGUCAAUCCUCCUCAAAUCCUACUCUUCAGUAACAUUGGUGUAUAUAUUUCCAUACUCUGUUAUAUGCACAAAUAUAUAACCUUUAUAUUUUUUCUUCAAAACCAAGUCUCAGUUUAUACGUAUCAUUCUGUAACUUGCUUCCUUCAUUUCGUGAAUAUAAUUCUGUCUUUGUAAUGGGGUUCCAAGUAUGUCCUUGGAAAAUAGGCACCAGAGGAAAAAGGCAUCAGAUUUUAUGGGGCUACUUUUUUGCUCUGCUUAGAAAAAUUCUAAUAUUUAGCAACAAAAGUGUUACCUGAGUGCUAUACUUUUGCACACAUAUUGCCUUUCUAGUUUUCUCAUGUAUUUUGUUAUUUUGUAUUGUGAGGUCACUUCAGUGGGGUAUUAUCGCGGGAAUCCUGUGAGGCUUGAUUAAGGUUUUUGCCAAACCGAGGAGCUUUGUCUUUUUUUCUGUCAGGUGCGUCAGGGACAUUUCCAGGCUGGACCACUUUUAAGUUCAUUUCUCUGCUUUGAGGUUACCUGACUACAGAGGUAGUAUAAAUUCAAAUCCUAAAUCCACAUGGAAGUUACAUGUUCUCAGAGGAGACCUUUCCCAAGGUGGAAGAGCUUCCUUAUUUUCAUCCUGGGCCAAGAAGUGGAUUUCUUUUUUUUGGACCAGCCCUUCACUGAGGGUAUAGUGCUUCUGUGCCUGUAGGAAUAUGGGGAAGUCUCAGUCCCAAAUCCUACCCUCGGAGAGCCAAGUCCUUGUCCUUGUGUGCCUUGCUCUAGGGACCAGAAACUUCUCCCUCUACUCUCCAAAAAGGUAGACCAAACUUGGGUUCAUUUCUAGUGAAGUCAAAUACACUUAACGAGGAUGUUUGUUAAUAGUUUACCCAUCAUUUCCAAGUGUUUUACAGUGAAAUGAUUAGGUUGUCUAUCCAUCAAAAGGCUGGAAACGGAAACCAUAGCGCUACCCAUUGCCUUUGCCAAUAAGUUGGAUUCUCCUUUCCCCCUCUUAUUUUUGGUACAAUAUUAUUGAGGUACAACUGAAGUAUGAUAAAAUGCACAUACUUGAACUUCACAGUUGGAUCAGUUUUGAUAUAUAGCCGUGUAAUCACCACAAUCAAUAAUAGCGAACAUUUCCAUCAUUCUCAAAACUUUCCUUGAGAUCUUUGUACUCCAUCUCUGGCUCCACCCCUUUCCCCAGAAAAUCACUGAUCUGCUUUGUCACUAUAGAUUACUAUGUAUUUUAUAGAAUUCUAUAUAAAUGGAAUUAAACAGUGUGUACUCUUUUUUGCCUGAAUUUUUCAUUCUGCAUAAUGAUUUUUAGGUUUGUCUAUGUUGCUUCAUGUCUCAAUAGUUCAUUCCUUUUUUAUUGCUGAGUUGUAUUCUUCUGUACAGAUAAAUAAUGAUUUGUUUAUCCCAUUUACUUGUUGAUGGACAUUUGGGUUAUUUCCAGUU